ACGGGCAGAUAAGAAGGGUGUCGCGCGCGUGGCACGUACUGUGAUGGAGGUAGCCUACGCCUAGGGUUAAGAAAAUUAGAAUCUAAUAACGAGUGCUUAAAUUGAGAUUGAAACUGAAAUUGAAUUUGAAUUUGGGGGAAAGAUUGAAUAGAUUGCAAUCGCAGCAGCAGCAGAAGAUGAAGAUGACGAAGAAUUUCAGAAAAAGAAGCUUUCCGGCGGAGGAUAACGACCAAGAUUGUGAUAAAACCCAAGAAGAUGAAGAAGAAAAAGAAAGGAGGUUGGCGCUGGAGGAGGUGAAAUUCCUUCAGAAGCAGAGGGAGAGGAAGUCUGGGAUCCCCGCCUUAAUUAAUAAUAACGCCGCCGCGCAGACUCUUCCCGGUUCCACUAAUAACAACAAUAGUAACAGCAAUAAUAAUGCUAGCUUUAAUAAGAACAAGAACAAAAGAGGUAGUGACGACACUCAUUCUCCGAGUAAUAACAACAACGGUGAAGGCGGAGGCGAUGGCGACAAGGACGAUCUGGUUCUCCAAGAUACUUUUGCUCAGGAAACUGCCGUCAUGGCUGAAGAUCCCAAUAUGUUAAAAUAUGUUGAACACGAACUAGCAAAGAAGAGGGGCAAAAAAAUUGAUACUUCAGAUCAAGUUGAAAAUGAUUUAAAGCGUGCUGAAGAUGAGUUGUACAAAAUACCUGACCAUCUUAAAGUGAAAAGGCGGAACUCAGAAGAAAGCUCCACUCAAUGGACUACUGGGAUUGCCGAGGUUCAGCUUCCCAUUGAAUAUAAGCUGAGAAAUAUUGAGGAAACUGAGGCUGCCAAGAAGUUUUUGCAGGAGAAGCGGCUCAUUGGACGGACAAAAUCAGAAUUUAGCAUCCCUUCGAGUUACAGUGCUGACUAUUUCCAGCGUGGCAGGGAUUAUGCUGAAAAGCUUAGACGAGAACAUCCUGAACUCUACAAAGACAGAAGUUCACAGGAUGAUGGUGGUGUUUCCAGACAAAAUGAUACUGGCACAGAAGCAGCAGGGCAGAGGCAAGCUGCAACAGAUCAGUUCAUGCUCGAGCGCUUCCGCAAACGAGAGCGUCACCGCGUCAUGAGGAGAUAAAAUGCCAAGAUGGAAAAUCUAGCUAAUAAAAAGGAGUCGAGUAGCUUGUACUAUAUAAAAUACGGUGUCCAUUGCAGUGUAUGUGCCGAAAACUCAUAUUUUCGCGAAAGCAUUGCCUUUUUUUUAUGUAAUAUAGCAUGACUUUGCGUGCUCAGAAGCAACGGUGGUACUGAAUUUGAUGGAGCCAGAUCUCCAGCACAUAGCUGCAUGUCUAUCCAUUAAUCAAGGUUCUUAUCCUUCGGUUUGAUUUGGGAA